UUCAGUGAAGACAUCGUGGAUUACAUCAUGGUGAGGAAGCAGCCCUCAGUACCUGGUAGGAGCCGGCCCCGAUUCUCACUCUACCUCUCAGCCAAACUGAUGUUUGGAUGUGUCCGACUCUACAAAAAACAAACACAGUACUUACUAGAGGAUAUCACAUCUUUCAUGGUGAAAGUGAGACUAGCAGCAAAUAUAGCAGAAAAUAUUGAUCUUAAUAUUGCUUGCAGACCGGAUCAUGUAACAAUGCAAGACAUAGUAGAAUUGACAACAGAAAAACAACCCUUCUAUGACCCAUACUUCGGCAAAAUUGCAGACUUUCAUGAGGACUUUGAAUAUGUGCAGAAAUUACUGACAGAGUUAUCCUCUCCUGGUAGCGACUCCAGUAUGGAACGCCUGCGACGUCGCAGAGGUUCGGAAGCUUCAUCCUCAAUUCAAGUCGAGUCAGAACACAGCUUCCUAAAAUCAGCUUUAGGUUCUCCUCACACUGUGUCAAGCUUGGACCAGAUUACUCUGAAAGAGAUCGAUAUGCCUAUUCUUCCACAGAUAGCUGAGCAGACAGAGUUGCCUCCUCUUGAUGAGCAGAACAUACAAGCCCUGCUGAAUGAGUCAGCUAGAAUGGACACUCUCCAUCAUGUUGACACAUCACUUCAGCCUGAUGUUGCUAUUCCUGUGGGAGAGAGCUCUGUAAAGGCAUCAGAAGCAUUUAUCAGUCUCUCUCCUCAAAAGACAACCAAGGAUGCAAAAGAACUUGAAGAACAGAUUAUGUCACCCAAAGAAAAGACCCCCCGAGUACUGACAGAGGAACCCCUCCCAGAGGCCCCACCAGCUGUCCGUGAACUUCGACCUAGGUCACAGCCAGAGGUCACCCUAAUGCCCCCACCUGAGGAGGAACCUCAUAGGAGUACAAGAAAAAGGCGGAUGGACUUGUCACUAGAGUUAGCUCCCUUGCCUCCGAGUCCUAGGACGGUGAAAAGAAGGCGUCGUCACUUAAUUGUGGAUGAAAACAUAAUGGUUCCCAAGACAGAGAUGAAGAAAAACCUCCAGACAGGCAGUGAGCUGUCUAAACCAUUUAGUGUCCCUGUCAUUGGACGAUCAGACUGUGCCACUCUUUUCAAUCAGCCGGGGAGCAAAUGCCUUAGAUUGUCUCCCCUUAUCGAUUUAUGGCGACGAAAUCUCAGACCAGGGGUGUUGGAGACUGAGUCUGAUGUUGAGACGCCUUUCUGGACUGUGCCUAGUAUUUCUAGAGAUGAAUCUACCCGUAGUAAAAGAUCUAGACGAGCUCUCCUGCCAGAACCAGAAGAGGAAAGACGAGCUGUUCAGCCUGAGAUUUCAGACGUACAGAUGUCAGAAAUACAGCUCCCACAACCAGAAAUCCCCAUACAGCUAGACAGAGCCUCUCCUGAAAAAGUCAGGGCGGAUAUUAGUAUGGGAAAUGAAAUGCCAUCUAUGGAGAUCCCCCGCGACGCCUCGAUAUCACUGGAGAGGAGUCUUCAGGACACCACCCCUAUCCAGCUCCACCUGUCUGCCAGAAGUAAAGAUGACUCCCUGUCUGAUAGGUCUACUGCCAGUCGAAAAAAGCGGAGUCGAUCUCGGGGAUCUAUUGAGGAGGAGCUUCUGGUCCCCCCCUCAGAACACUCCGUGUCUGACACGUUCUCCAGGAUCAGUCGAAAUCUGUCGGUGGUGCAGGAGGAGUCCGAGAUACCUAUGGUGGACACACCUUUACCUGUCAUCUCCAAACUCUCACAAGUAGAAAGUAGAGUUCUCAGGUUAAUCAACUCAAACACAAGUGAGAAGGACUACACAACAUUUGAGGAAGUUUGCCCACCACACUUUUAUGACAGAAGACUGGCAGCCUCCAUGUUCAACGCCUUGCUUCACUUAUGUGCCAAAGGGAAUGUAUAUGUUGACCAGAGGGAACCUUACGGAGAGAUGCUUAUCCAGAGGGGACACAAUUUCUAAAGAUCAGGCAGAAAGACCAGUCUGUGGGCAUCCAUUAUUUGUGAUUUAAAUGAGUUGUACAAAUGAUAACUGAUAGGGUUUGUUGCAUGCUAUGGUUUAAAGCUAUUUUUACACUUGUUUCUUGUUUAAGGCAUGACAUAUCAUGAGACAAAAUAUAAUAAUGAAUGAAAUCAUGUACAAAUACUUGGUUUUUGUGUUAUCUAUGUUUUAAGAAAGGUAAUUAGGACCGUUGUUGAUUGUUAAUGUUCUUUAUUCUUCAUUGUUAUGAUGUGCUUGUCACAUUAUUCUGUUGCUUGUAUAUUAACAAGGAGAAAAUAAUUUGUUUGCACAAUAUGUUCAAUCUCAUGGGAU